CCUAACCGAUCUUUGGUCCUAACUCUCCCUGCCUCCCUUCCUCCCUCCCACUGAGGCGGUGACCAAGGCAGCUCCACCCUCGGCCACCGAGGGAGUAAUCAGCUAGCGCGACCUCCCCGUCUCACUGCUGCGACCGGCUGGCUGGGUCAGGUUGACGUGAAACGACUUCUCACAAAGGAUCUACAAACCCGAGGGAACCAUGUUUGCCUGGAUGUUGCUGCCCCUGUUCAUCGCCCUUAUUCUCCCCGAAACUUCGGACAGUGCAAGUCAUCCGUGGCACCUCCUCAUCUUGUCUCAGCAGUGGCCACAGACCGUCUGUUUGAUGGCAAGCGAGGCGUGCAAAGUUCCUCGUGCUGUUGACUACUGGACUGUGCAUGGGCUCUGGCCCAAAAGAGCCCAGAUGUGCAAUAAUUCCUGGCAUUUCAACAUAAACAAUGUGCAGGACAUUUUAUCUGACAUGGAGCAAUAUUGGCCUGAUGUGAUCCAUCCCAAUAGUACUCAGCUCUGGAAACACGAAUGGCAGAAGCACGGGACGUGUGCAGCAACGCUGGAGACCCUGGACUCCCAGGAGAAGUACUUCAGUAAAGCGCUGGAUCUAUACAGAAACCUGGACCUGAGCAGUGUUCUUAGGAAGUCUAAUAUUUUCCCAUCGACCAAGUAUUAUAUGGUAGAGCAGAUAGAAAAUGCUCUUGAAUCAGUCCUUGGGGCAACACCGAAGAUUCAGUGCAUGAUGCCUACUAAGGGAGUGUCAGUGCAAACACUGGGCCAAAUUGAAUUUUGUUUCACCAAAGAAUUUCAGCUGCUGAAUUGCACAGAGGGUGUACCCAAUGUACACAUCUCCAGGGAGGGUGGACAACACAAUACGUACACAGAGUAUGCUGUGUGUAACCGGAAUCUGCAAGUCAGUUAUCCUCCUAUAGAGCACCUGUACUGAGUGUGAGUGUGUAGUGUGGAAGGGAGUCUGUUUUAAUGUCAGUAAUGUGCUUCAGAUACAUUUACAAUAAAAGCCGCUUUGUGUCGAGAGA